AAUUAUUUUAUUAGCCAGGAAAGUCAAUACAAAGAAAAGUUGCUGGUUGAAAUGCAGAAAAAUGGAGAAAAUCUGCCGUUGUUUAACAAGUUGCGAGAGGAAAAUAACGUUUUAAAAUCCUUUAUCGAGGGCUACAAAUUAGGUCAGGAGAAAGGAAAGUUGACCGUCCCGGACCAAUCAUUAAAAGAAAGGAAUAUUAACCAAACCCAUAAUACCAUCAAAACUCAGGCUGACAUUUUACAGAAUGUCCGGAGCGAAAAUGAAACUGAAAAACUUAUUGGCAAAAUAAUCUAUGCUAAAGAUAUGAAAGAUUAUCAGGCCGAUUUUGGGGUCAUUGUGGCGACCUGCUAUCGUCAGCCUUUAAUUAAACCUUAUCCGCAAAAAAAUAUUUUUUUCACCGAUAGUGAAAAUUUUGCUUUUGCCGGGCAAGUGGCUCGUCUGCUUAUCAGUCAGAAAUACAAAUUGGAAUCUGGCAAAAUAAAAAAAGAGCAAAGA